AUGAGCACAUGGGAAGAGCGGGCUGUGCGUCCAGGCCUCUACUGCCCCUCCAGGAAAGGGAUCCAAGGUUGUGGGGUUGGAGAACUCAUGACGGGGACUGACUUGGGCUUGGAGUUGAGGUCCUUGCGUGUCGCCUGCCAGGUGUCCCUGCCGGUACUCAUAAACCUUCUAUGCCAACCAAGCCACAUCUCGGCCUUCGUGGUCCUCAGCAAGGCAGCCAGGAAGGUGGCUCUGCAGGCCCACUCCCUGGGGCCUCACCCUUACCUCAGCAGCUUCCAUGGCAGAGAAAAGGCAUUUGGAAAAAACACCCUAAAGCUGUUAUAUGCUCCGCAUCCCAUCGCCUCCCUGCACCCCGUCAUCAAGUCACAUGUGGGCCAGCUGUGGAUAUGGGAGGUUCCCAAGAUGUUGCAGAUCCUGGAGGAUCUUAGGAAGUUCCUGUCGCUCUCUGAGCUGGAUAGUAGAACAAAGCUGCUUCUCACCUGCUACUGGAGCAUGCUCUGCCUGCCCCCGUCAGAGGUGAUGCAGAAGGAGGAGUCCAGAUCCACAGAGGGACAGGCCAGUGUGACCCCAGAGGGCAUCAACAUUGGGAAAAGAUCCCAGUUCAUCCUUUCGGAGCUGAGCACUAGUCAGUGCCCUGGCUCUGAGCAUCUCAGGCAGGUGUGUGACAAUUGGGGUGGCGGUGACGCGGGGCUGGCGGCGGGAGGGAGGCUGGGCCCGUGGGAGAGGACCGCUGGGCUGCUGGGUUCCUGCGCCCUCGCGCUCCCAGGCGCCAGCCCAGGGGCAGGCAAGGCGCAGGCGGCGGUGGGUGGCAUCGAGAGCCUGCUGGAGAACCCGGUGCGCGCCGUGCUGUACCUCAAGGGCUCUGGGCCAUCCAUCGUGCAGAAGCAACAGAGCCUCGUCCACAUCCAGCGCCAGCGCAUCGACGAGCAGGAGCGGCGGCUGGAUGAGCUGAGCGCGGAGAACCGCAGCCUGUGGGAGCACCAGCAGCAGCUGCUGCAAGCCCACCCUUGUGCCCGCCAUCGUCGUUGCCGGUACUGGCCUUCUGGGCCACUGCUCUCACCGUUGCCACUGGGGGCCAGGAACCUCUCCAGGACCAGGGACAGCGCUCACCCGCCACGCCACACCCCGCGCCCGAGCAGACGCCGCUUAAGCACCACGGACAGCUCCUGGCGCGGCCCCAGCCUCCUGGCUGCCGGGCUCAUACAGCCCAAGCGCCCCACCAGCUCCCGGGACACUUGGGGCCGCUACAUACAAGUAGAAGGAGGGGUCACCGAGUUGCUGCGCUGCUCCCGGAGCCCUUCUUCAGUACAAAUGCCCCGCGCCCUCGGCAAGGGCGUCCUGAGCAGGAGACCUGAGUGAGCGGGGAGGAGCAGAUGGGCACUGCUGUGGUGGGAGCAAGGGAAGAAAGUGGGUGUGAGAAGGAAACGGGGAAAUAGAAUGCGCAGGAGUCUAAAGGACCGGGGUGAUGUGGCGUGAAGGGGUGAGAAGACGCUUGGGGACAAAAGCGUGACAGGAGAUUUGGGGAUGACGAAGGAACGAUAUCUGUGCUUGAGAAAGUUUUGGAGAAUGUUGGAGCAAAAAAGGAGUAACCAGACCAUCGGUAGGGGCAAAGGAGGAAAUAAAUGGGUUUUAAGCGACUGGGGACGUUGAGAACUGGCGGAUUUAAAGGGGACUAGACUGGCAGGAAGUUUGAGUGAAGAUUAAACUGAAGAAAAGAGAACCACUGAAAGAUUUUUUUAAGUUAGGAAAAAUUUGGAAGGAAGUUUGGGUAGUAAAAGUAUUUGAAUGGUGAGUGAGAUAUGAAAAUAUGGAGACUGGGAAAAAGGCAUGUGAAGGGCUUUAACAGGGCUGGGGCCCAGGAAGAAUAGUACUCGGGUACAGGAUAAUUCAGGAGGCAGAGGACAUAGCUGAAAAGCAGGAGUGAUAUGGGAAAGCAGGGGAGCUGGAGGCAGAGGAAGAGAAAGUGUAGCUCUUUACCUGUUGCAGUGGGCGUCACAGCCAGGAGUGGCUCUUUAGGGGAAGCUUUCUCUGCUCUGACCGGAGGGGGCACCUUUCUUCUGAAUUCCUGCAGAGCUGAAGCCAUGCAAGGAAGCAUCCCAUCAGACUAAUGGAGGACUCAGGUAUAGCUUGAGGACUUGGUCUGGUUAUAGCUUUUUCCUUCAACUCAAGAAGGAUUUCCAUGCAAGGUCAUUGGCCAUGAUGGAAAGGGAAUGAUGAUACAGGGGACAGUUGGCAGAUGGAGUUGGUAUUUGGAUGUCCUGGCUGUUUAAAUCUUCCUGUUAAGGCCAGCAACUGCAAACCUGAUUUCCUCUUGGUUAUCUGCUGAUCACUGAAAUCUCAUCUUGGGUCCUGAGAAAAAUGUUAACUUCCCAGGACCUAGGGCCUAAAGCUCUUUCUUCAUUCAUGAGGUCUGUGAACUAGGCAUAUGGGAAGAAGACAUGAAAGGGGCUGGCAUGAGCUCUCCUCUGUACUGGAAGGCUGCGGCUAUGUCAGCUUUAUUUCUCUGGUUAGACAGGUCAUGGGGAACAAAAGGGAAGAACAGCUGGAGGAAAUCACACCUGGUCAGCACCUGGCCUUGACAAUGGUUAUGCUAAAGGGGAUCGGGAAGGGGAAAGUAGAGCUGGGAAUCUCAUCUUCAUAUAGUUUCAUGUGUGCUUUAAGUCUGGGGGAUACUUGUGAAGAUUUCCUGUAUUCCAUAAAAGCUUAUUUUCUUCUUGCAUCUGCUGUAGAGUUAGAGAAGUUGGGUUAGGGCAUGUUAGCUCACAGGGUAGGUUGACCAGAAGCAUGGAAUCGAAGAGGUGAUGAUCUAACGUGAUCUGGCUUGGCAGACCUACAACAUUCUAUUCAGGCCCCAAAAAGACGCUGUUUUCUACCCCAACUUCCUCAAUGGCCCAUUUGCGCUUCCCUCAGUCUCACAUGUUUGUUUUGUUUUGGUUGUUAUUGUUUUGUUUACUUGUCUGGCAAAAGCAGAAAAACAAUUUUCCCUCAAUGCUCAAGUCUCAUCAAAAAGGAACAUUUGGAGGUGCACAGUGGCUCACACCUAUAAUCCCAGCACUUUGGGAGGUUGAGGCAGGCAGAUCAUCUGAGAUCAGGAGUUCAAGACCAGCCUGGACAGCAUGGUGAAAACCUGUCUCUAAUAAAAAUUUAAAAAAAGUA